AACGAUUGUGAAAUCAUCGAUGUGCUCGGGUAUUGAAAAAAACUGUAUGCUGGGGCUGCCAAUCUAUGAAAAUGAAAACUCAGUCUGCUGAGAAUUUUCAUAAGAGCUAAAACAAAUCUAACGCAGUUGAACCGAAAAACGCAACUCAAACAUGUCGAACCUGAGGAAAAUGAAAGACGAGGAGCGUGAAUCCGAAUAUGGUCGCGUCUACGCCGUCUCUGGUCCAGUCGUCACCGCCGAGGCUAUGUCCGGCUCUGCUAUGUACGAGCUGGUGCGUGUCGGCUACUAUGAGCUGGUGGGUGAGAUCAUUCGUCUGGAAGGUGACAUGGCCACCAUUCAGGUGUACGAGGAAACCUCCGGUGUCACUGUCGGCGAUCCGGUGCUGCGCACUGGCAAACCUCUCUCAGUUGAGCUGGGUCCCGGUAUUAUGGGCAGCAUCUUUGAUGGUAUUCAGCGGCCAUUGCGAGACAUUGGCAUCAUGACCAGUUCCAUAUAUAUUCCCAAGGGUGUCAAUACACCUGCAUUAUCGCGCAAGGAGAUGUGGGAAUUCAAUCCACUAAAUGUGCGCGUUGGUUCACACAUCACAGGCGGAGAUCUGUAUGGUGUGGUGCAUGAGAAUACACUGGUCAAGCAGCGUAUGAUUGUGGCACCACGUGCCAAGGGCACAGUACGUUACAUUGCCCCCGCAGGCAACUACAAUCUGGAGGAUGUUGUGCUCGAGACGGAGUUCGAUGGCGAGAUCACCAAACAUACUAUGCUGCAGGUGUGGCCAGUGCGACAACCGCGUCCCUGCACCGAGAAGCUGCCGGCCAAUCAUCCACUCUUCACAGGACAGCGUGUGCUCGACUCGCUGUUCCCUUGUGUCCAGGGUGGUACCACUGCCAUUCCCGGUGCCUUUGGCUGCGGAAAGACUGUCAUCUCUCAGGCGCUAUCCAAGUACUCGAACUCCGAUGUCAUCAUCUAUGUCGGUUGCGGCGAGCGUGGUAAUGAAAUGUCUGAGGUACUCAGGGAUUUCCCUGAGCUCACCUGUGAAAUUGAUGGCGUCACUGAGUCUAUCAUGAAGCGCACAGCUCUGGUGGCCAACACCUCCAACAUGCCUGUCGCUGCUCGCGAGGCUUCCAUCUACACUGGCAUCACGCUCUCCGAAUACUUCCGUGAUAUGGGUUACAACGUGGCCAUGAUGGCGGAUUCUACCUCGCGUUGGGCCGAAGCUUUGCGUGAAAUCUCUGGUCGUCUGGCUGAGAUGCCUGCGGAUUCGGGUUAUCCAGCCUAUUUGGGUGCUCGCUUGGCUACCUUCUACGAGCGCGCUGGACGCGUCAAAUGCUUGGGUAACCCUGAGCGUGAGGGUUCCGUCUCCAUCGUCGGCGCUGUGUCGCCACCUGGUGGUGAUUUCUCUGAUCCUGUGACCUCCGCCACUCUGGGUAUUGUCCAGGUGUUCUGGGGCUUGGACAAGAAGCUGGCUCAGCGCAAACAUUUCCCUUCCAUCAACUGGCUCAUCUCCUAUUCCAAAUAUAUGCGCGCUCUCGAUGAAUACUACGACAAGAACUUCCCUGAAUUCGUGCCACUGCGUACAAAGGUCAAGGAGAUUCUGCAGGAGGAGGAGGAUCUGUCGGAGAUUGUGCAGCUGGUCGGCAAGGCAUCGCUUGCCGAGACAGAUAAGGUUACUCUUGAGGUGGCCAAACUGCUAAAGGAUGAUUUCCUACAACAGAACUCCUACUCGCCCUACGAUCGUGUGUGUCCAUUCUACAAAACUGUUGGCAUGCUGAGGAAUAUAUUGGCGUUCUAUGAGACAGCGCGUCAUGCGGUGGAAUCUACAGCACAGUCGGACAACAAGAUCACAUGGAACACCAUCAGGGAAUCAAUGGGCGGCAUUAUGUAUCAGCUUUCCUCAAUGAAGUUCAAGGACCCCGUUAAAGAUGGUGAGCAAAAGAUUAAGGCGGACUACGAUCAGCUGUAUGAGGAUCUGCAGCAGGCCUUCCGAAAUCUGGAGGAUUAAGCAACAAAUACCAAAGAAACUACAACUACCAAAACAAAAACCAAACGAAAUAAGCAACCAAAGUUUAGGUUAUUAUUCGAAUUCCCCCAUCAAGCUAGUCAUAUAUACAUAAUGCAUAAUAAGAUAUUUGAAAAGAAUUUUAUUUUUAAGUUAAACAGUUUUAGAGAAACGGUUGCGUCAGGCAGGACUUGCUAUGAAACGAAUGGAUUCAUAAUUCAAAUACGAGUAUAGACAAAAACAAUGAAAAGGAAGUUGAGUUUUAGGAAAAACAAGUUGAACAAUAAUUAGCCGAUAACGCAAGUGGAUGUUGUCCAGCCAUAUAAAUAACACUACACACACACAAACACAUAGAGACACAGACACACAAAUACACCUACAUAUAUAUACUGUCUAUGUUGAUAUAAAUAAUAUAAUUCACAGCUAUUUUAUUGUUAGUAAAAUGAGAAAAAAAUCCAAAAACGGAAAAACCAAAAAAGAUUCUUCGUAAAAUUCGUCAAAGUUAUCUAAUUGUGUUCUCUCUACGUAACUGUAACUACAAAAACUACUAACAUUUAUUUCAUGUUUUUUGCCAUUGCGUGUUACAACAUGUUAAAAAAAGAAAAAUACAAUACGAAACAAAAAAAAAAAUCAUAAUAUUAUUAUAUAUUAUAGACCUUUACAACGCAAUAAUUACGUAGUCCAAAUGCAUAUAUACCUUAUAACUAAUAACUUUUGUGCGUGUUGCAAAAUGGAGCUAUACAAAUAAAAUGUAUUAUGAAUGUUAACAUUA